AUGAUUCUAGAAGCUCCACUGCCCCGCGCGCUGGACGGCGAAAACUGGUGCUGGUGCCUGCCUCUAGUGCCCAAGGCUCAGGGCGCUCUUGAUUUCAUAAACUCCAACGUCACCCCCCUGGCCCUCAUUUCUGCCCUCUUGAUCGGGUGGCACUUCCCAGCCUAUGGUGCCGCCGCGGCGGGUAGGAACCUGGCCCCGCUCUCCACCGCGGGCAUGUUCUUCCUUUCCGGCCUGCUACUGAACUCGGGGGAGGUGGGCGACGCGCUGCGCUGUCCCGCGGCCCUGGCCUACGGCCUGACGGCGGUGCUGGGGCUGACCUCCGCCCUGGCGCCCCUCGUCCUCCGCCUCCCCCUGGCGCCGCCCGAGCUGGCCAUCGGCUUCGCCGUCUUCUGCUGCAUGCCCACCACCCUCUCCACGGGUGUGGUCCUGACGCAGGCGGUGCGCGGGAACGCGGCCGUGGCCCUGAUGCUGACGGUGUCCAGCAACCUGCUCAGCGUGCUCAGCGUACCACUCCUCCUGCGCUGGGUCCUGGGCUCCGCCGCGGGCGCGGCCUCCUUCUCCCCGCUGGCCAUCUGUCUGGGCCUGGCCCGCACGGUGGUGGCGCCGCUGCUGGCGGGCGUGGCGAUCAGCCGCGCGGCGGCGGGGCGGCUGCCACUGGGACCCGGCACGCUGGCCAGCGCCGCCGCCACGGGGCUGGGCAUCCACCUCGUGUUCCUGGCCACGAACGUCGCCCUCACCAGCCUCAUCCGCUUCUCCACGAUCAGCGCCGUGGCAGAUCGCGGCAUACGGCGCGCGGUCAUCCUGUGCAGCAGCCAGAAGACGCUGCCCAUCGCCAUUGCUGUCAUAGGCCAGCUGGGCGAGGGCCUGGGCCCAGGGGCGGCCUACGCCGCCAUCGCCUGCGUGGCGGCACACCUCAUCCAGACCGUGUUCGAUUCCGGCCUGGUGUCGUGGUGGCUCCGGCGAGACGCAGCGGCGCUGGAGGCCGAGACGAGGGCCGUCUAG